AUGCUCACUGUAUUGCACAUCGCUAACAACAAAACGUUGACGACAACAACAGGAAAUUUGUCCUUAUUUAUACGAGAACAAAAAUCCAAAUUAGUGAAUGAAAGAAGUAAUUUAGGACUGUUAUUCACAUCAGAUGAAAGUCCAAGUAUUUGGAAACUUGGCCAGUAUGAAAAUCACCGUAAAAAACUCCAAGAAGAAAGACAUAAUGAAUAUAAAAACUAUCUUCAGAGCAAGGAAUCUUUUAAGAGUGAGCAAAAUCCAGUCAAAAGUAAACCUCAGGAAGAGCGCAAGAUACAAAAUAUUGAACAACAACUUAGGGAACUUCAUGAAAAAUCAAAUGGAACGCUUCUGGUUGAUAAGGAAAGACCCCAAAACUCUGUCCCAAGUUCCCUUUCCAAAAAGAAACAACCAAAGAAAGAAGAGCAAAAUGAUUUCUUUGCCAACCUUGGUGAAUAUGAAAAUAAGAAAAAGAAAUUAAAAGAAGAAAGAGAAAGGGAUUACAGAAAUCACCUAGCCGAGUUUACAAAAAGAACCCAGCCUAGAGAUGAAAAUGACUUUUUUCUAAGGAAUAAACCCACUAAAGCAGUAGAGAAUAUCAGUAAAGAUGAAUCAUUGCUGACAAAUAAUAAACCAUUAUCGAGCCGUGAAAACCAUAUCAUGUGGGCUGACCAAGCCUAUGAAGACAGAGCUGCACCCCCUCUUUACAGGAGUGCUGAUUAUAAUUCUGAUUAUCCUCUUUCAAGAUCAAAAACUUCUGCAAGUGAGAAAGCUGUGAACCAUUAUGAUAUGGAUUUAAAAGAUCUGGCAAAUGAAUAUUCAGCAAGAUUGUCCCAACCAAACCUGCAUGAAGAAAUCGAGAAUAGAUUAAGACCUUCAUCACUUCCUCCUGUUUCAAAUAACAUCUUUGAAGAUCCUCUUUGGUCUAGACUUCGGGAAAAUCCACAGAAAAUAGGACCAAGUUCAGCCCGGUCUACUUUAAUGAUGCCUGAGGAUUACAUGAAAAGUGCACUAAAUAACGAAGAAAGGAAAAGCCAUGGUCCCCACCAUUCAGGCAACCAACAUUUUAUAAAAGACCCAGUUUUAACACAUGCCAAUAAGUUACCAGAAAAUAAAACAGAAACCUAUGCUACAUUACCAAUUGGUAAUAAUCAAGAUGGUACUAAACAGCGUCAGAAACAUAAUUACAGAGAAGAACUCCAAAAACAGAUAAGAGAAAGAAAUGAAAUGCGUCUACGAGAGAAGCAAUUAGCCCAGCAAUUCCCUUAUGAUGCUAAUCUAAUUUUUCCAUCUGAAAAACAGAAUCCUUAUCCUCUACCACCACAACCACCACCACCACCAGAAUUUGAAAUGGAUCAUCUCAGUCAACCAAUUAAUCCUAGGAAAUUUGAACAAUUACAACGAGCAUCUGAUCUUAAUCUACUUCUUGGGCAAAAUCUUGAUCAAAACCAAAGACAAAAUAUCACAAACAACUUUGCUCCUAACUUUAUGUAUGACCAAUUGCUUUUUGAUGGACAAAAUAAUUCAGUUGAUAAAGCCUACACAUUUUAUGGUAUGAAAAGUCAUUUUGAUGACUUACCACCUGCAGCUGACAUUGGCCUUCUUACUCCACCCUUGAAGAAAAUAGCAGAAACAAAUUAUGUGCCUCGAACAAGCUAUUCAACUGGACCCAACCAGAAAAAUACUGCCAAAUUCGGUCCUAGUGCUAUGGUGUUUGGCAAUGAUGAUUCCAGACUUACUGCACGAAAAAGAGAUCAGGAGUACAUGAAAGAAUUAGAAAAACAGAUGCAAGAGAAAAAGAUUCAAAAACUCAAAGCUAAACAAGAACAAGAAAGGUAUGACAAACGGCUUGAAGAAGAAAAUAAACAAUAUAAUCCAUUUGGACGAGGUGGGGGAGGAGCACCUCUUAAAGAUUCCAGUGGAAACAUACUAGCAAAUCUUUAUCAAAUAAAACAAAAUGAUGUCCAGUUAGCUUCAUUUGAUCAGAAUAUGUCACAAGCUGCUGCCAAAAUUCAACAAGGUCAGCAACUUGAUACGGACAAUUUUUUGGCAACACUACCAGACCUAAAUGAAGAACCUACCCAUGCUCGAGGUGGCCAUGGCAUAUUUGGACAACCUAAGACUGAUGCUCAAAAGACUGCUAUGGAUAAAUACAGAGAAGAACUUCAAAAACAGAUGAUUGAUAAAAGAAAACAAAAACUGGCUGAGGCUGAGAGAGAAAGAUUAGAAGAAGAGAAAGUGAAUAAACGCUUAGAAGAAGAGAGAAAGAAAAUGCAGGCUGAAUUUGAAGAAGAAGAAAGGAAGAAAAAAGCCAAACUUGAAGAAGAAAAGAAAGCUGAGGCUGAAAUGAGAAGGCAAAUUGAAGAGAAGAGAAAAGCUGCUGAAAAACAGCGAAAAGAAGAAGAUGAGAAAUUUCAGAAUGAAAAGAUGCAGCAAGAGAAAAUAAGGAAUAAUGUACCACAAGUUGUUACCAAUCGGCCCAAAUCCCCACCUGUGCCAGCAUUACAACGUAAGAUAAACUCUGAAUCCAGAGCAAAUUCAGUUAGGCAAGAGUCACCCCCACAACUCAUAACCAGCCAAAGUCCAAAUACACACGAAAUAAAUAGAGUGAAAAUCCAUGAAGAAUCCAAACCUCCAGUUUCACCAAAAUUCAGAGCUCAAAGUGCAGAUGUUCUGAACCAACUUAAAGUUCUCAGAAAAGGAUUGCAACAAAAAUUUCUGGAAAGUGAAAUGAGAAGACACAGUGCUGCACAACUGUUGGAACCGCCCAAUGAUGUUUUGAUCAACCAAAAAGCAGUGCUCCUACGCAGAGGUUCUCACACUACAGUUGAGCCACCUACAUCUACAAAUCCUGAUGUUCUUCAGGAUUUCAAUCAACUCAAAUACCGCAAGCAAACAGGAUCACGAAAUGCUUUCCGAACUCAAUUUCCCAAUUCCCCAGUUGAUCUUGACAGCUUGGAAAUCCAACAGAGAGCCUUGAUUAACCAUCAAGAGAAGACACUACAAAAAAUUAGGCAAAAGGCCCCAUUCAGAGGUAACAAUGAAAUUGAACAUCCUCCACUAAUAAGACAAAAAACUGUUAGUCCACAACCGAUGUUGGAUUCUAAAUCUGCAUUCUUUGAUGCAGACAGUAUGCCUUUAUUGUCAGAUAUGUUUUCUGACAAGAGAAUUCAGAAAACCGAUUCUGCCAGAUCACGACGUAGAAGACGAUUGCAAUCUCCUUUAUUAAGUCCUUUGGAUAAUGUUUCACUUCGAAGUAAUUCAGUUGGUUCUAUUGUAAGUCUCAACCCAGAUAAGAUAGCAAGAAAAAAUGAAGCAAGAUUAAAAAAGCUACAAAAUAUGACUGAUGCUGUUUCCAUAACAGAGCCUGAAGAAAUCUUGGAUAGAUUUAUGGCAAAGCAAGACCACAACAGCCCACCAAGUUCACUUUUUGAUGGAUUCAAUUACUGA